AUGGCCGUGUUGAUCCCGGAGUCAUCUCAGUUGCGUCGCAUCCGAACAUCCCCUAUGCUGGCCAGGGCACAAUUGAAGGCUAAGCCCAUCUUGUGUCCGCAAGCAGACGGUUCUGACGGUUCGUCUGGUUUUUCACCAGGCACACAUAUGGCAGGACAAUCCGCCAGUCUGAUGUCCCGUGCCUCCCAGCCGUUGCAGGUUCCGCCGUUCGCUUUAGACAUCAUUCGUUCACUGCCUGUUGAAUUUCAAGCCAACCCGGUUCGCAUUGUUCAAGGUGUCUUGGUUCGUUCUUGGUUGCUGCACCAUGUUACUUUUCCACGAUCCUUGAACCCUAGGCAGGCAGUAUUGAGAGGACCUCCACACCUGUGGAGAGCCCAACUACUCCAGGCUUGGUUUGGUGACAAUGUUCCGCAAGAGGAAAUCUCCAUUGACCUGGUUGUACCGUCCCCCCCACGAAAUUGGCAUGAGACCCACCUGCUGUUCGAUGUGAUUUUGGCACAAGGUGUUGCUUCAGGACGCAAAUCAUGUCUUGUUACGAUUUCACCCACCUUCCAGCAUCCAGCCAUUCACAUGUACUCCACAGCAGUAUCCUUUGCGCAGGUUAUCAGUGGACAAGAUGUUGUGACCGACUCUGAUAUUCAAGACUUGUGCAAUUUGCAUGACUGCUUGAUUUUUCAGGACCAAGUGUUUCUGCCCAUUGAUUUUACCCGCAAUUUUCCUGUCCAGCCUGGAGCCGGAUUUGUGGUCUACGUAAACACGAGGCAGGACACCGCAGCCACUGCAAUUGAGCAGCCUACCGAAGUUUUGGAUCCUGCCCCUGAACCGGAUCAACCUGAUGCUGAAAUGACCGACCAGGUGCAACAAGGCAGUGCUGCCUCCACUCAGCACUCCCCUGCUGUCACUGCUAGUCGAGGGUUAGAUGUUACACCUCGACGUCGCAUCACGUUGUAUCGUCUCAAUCGUGUCCCAGUCGUCGCUUGGGUUCGUCUCUCGAGAUUCUCAAUGCUGCUUCAGGACAUUUUGGAGAUCAUGGCCAUCCCACCCGAUGAGUUAGUUGCGGUUCAUCGCAUUCAUGCCAAGCCGGUAGGAGAGCCCAAACAUGAAACCAGUUUCAUUGUGCAGCAUCAGGGAGAUGUCCAACCGGGAUCGGCGGAUCAAUUAAUCCUGUUGGAUGUUGCGUUCCAUCAGCAUGGCUCGGCUACGUACCCAAUCGCGCCUGUUCAUUUUGACCGUCGAGUGUUGCGUAUCCCUUCUGUUGCCACCAGGCUUGGUUUGCUUGAGCUUGCCAGGGUUGCACAAUAUUGCGAGUUUCGUCAUCAUGCCUGUAUCGUCAUGAUUGAUCACGUUAUUUGGCAGUCACAACAUGCUGGAGUGCGUUUCCUGCCGCAUGGUACGUACGGUCGGAUUCAUGUACCCCCACCACAAGUUGCAGGAGCUGAGACAUGCCGAGCUGUCUCUUUGGUCGAGACGAUUGGAGAUCCUCAGCCGCCAACCUUUGAACAGGUAUAUCCUCUUCUGCCUACCCAUACCUCAUCCAAUAUGCGUGCAGAAGAUUAUGAUGAGCCCCCGCCACAGGACUGCCUUGGUGACGCCAUUUGCAAUGCCUCGGGCUCUGUUCAUCAGCACCGUAUUGAUGAUGCUCACCAUGCACAACCGCCAAGUUUCGAGGCUUCCACCCCGGCGCAAGCUGCACCAGUGUUUCCCAAUGCACCCCAUUGGCAUGACUUUGAACUCAGCCUGCGCAUUUUGUUUGAGGACCACAGCCAUGUUGAGUUGCCGGAAGAAGGUCCUGUCUUGCAUGUCAUCACCUGGUUUGUACAUCAUGACAGAUCGCCGUCAUGCCUUGUUGGUAGGUUCAUCCGUCUAUCCAACCGACCGUGGGAGUGGCUUCAGCAGCUUUGUAUGCCCUGGUUACCUAUGUUGCAGCCGUUUACGGAUCUUGAUUUCCAUAUUGUGCGCCCGACACCUGUCUCCCAUAUUCCAGGUCAGCAAGCUGUCCAUGUGAUUUUGGAACAGGGCAUUCAGAUUGCACGUCGUAUCGCUCUGUUCUCGGUUUUGUUUCAUGGUAUCCAUGGUGAUCUCACGCACCGUAGAGCCCAGUCCGUCCCAACUCAUCUGUCCCGUGAAGUGAUUGAGCGCAUUCUUAACAUUGGGGAAUUGUGCCGUCAACGACGUUGCACGGCAUGGGCAGGUCGCAUGCAAUUUCAUCGAUCGCGUCUGGAACAGAUUUCACAAGGCCUUGGAAUUUCCUUCACGGUCACGCCCUUUCGUAAUCGUUUUGCGCAGGUUGAUGAUGACGGCUUUCCUAUUCCCGACACUGCGUCUUCCUCGCAUAUUCCUGCCAGGAUGUCCUUUCGGCCAGAGGAUGCUUCUUUGUAUCCGAAUGCGUGUUGGGCUGCUAAUGACGUAGGUCCCUGCAUUGAACAUGCCCCUUCCAGACUGGUGCCAGAGCUUCGAGUCAUUUGGGAAAGGUAUUUAGUUACCGCCACUGCUCGACCGUUUCGUUUCUACGUUGAAACAUGGUACUGUGACCAUGAUAGAUUUCCUCGCACUGAUCGUGGUCGUGAAGUUCAACUUCCACCUGACCAAGACUCGUGGCGGGAUGCCCUACUGACCAAGUGGCAAGAUCUCAUCGACCCCAGUGCAGAGGUCUUUAUAUACGUGGUUAACCCUCAGCCGUUUGGUGGCCCCACGGACAUCCUUGCGCAUGUUAUUCUGGCUCAGCAUCAGCAUCGUGGAUUCAUUUCAUCAUUGAUCACCACACUUGCGCCCGGUGAUGAUCCAUAUGAUCCUCCUCGUGUUGCCUUGAAGUUGCCUGCGGUAGUGGACAAAGGCCUGCUGUUGCAAGAGAGUGGACUACUUCAUUUUUGCCCGCCGUUCAUUCCAUUGAACACUUGUGCAGCCUUUUAUGGUGACCAACCGGUCUUGCAGGAUGUCCUUCGGGAUGCACAAUCUGGUGAUGGAUUUCUGUGUACCGUUGAUCCGGCAGCCACUGUAGCAAUUGGCACUGCUUCUUAUGAUCGCCACCCCAGCCAUGUGCAAUGGCUUUUUCAACACCUGGCCACACUUAUUACUGCAGUUGUCACAGCUAUCGAUCGAGCGGUUGAAGCCCAAGCUGGUUGGGUCCAAUCCAAUGCAUGUCUUGCCAAUGAAAUUUCAGCAGUCCAACUUGAGUGCAUUGAACUCCAGCGGGAGCAAGAAGCCUGUGCAGGGACCACAUUUGCUGCGGGUGACGACCCUGUCUGCCGUAGGAUCAAGACAUCGGAAGUCCCCUUUUCGCAGUCCACUUCUGUAAAGGCCCACAACUGUUUGCGUCUUUCUGAUCAUGCAGGCUGUUCUAGGGUUUUGUUGAGUCCAGAGUUUGAAGCCUGGCUUGGCAAAUCUGUUCGUGCAGCUGUUGGCCCCCUGAGGGUUACAGUUUGGUUCUCGGAUCAUUUGCGCCCACAUGACUGCCUUGGUUCAGCACUGGCCAUGCUCGAUGUUUCGGAUGGUUCAUGGCUUGAGGUCCUUACCCAACCAUGGCUCUCUUGCAUUGACAGGGGAUCCAAUCUCAAGGUUUUGCUUGUCCAGCCGCGAGGUCUGCCUCUUGGAGAUGCGUCGGAUGCACAUGUCAUGUUGUUGCAAAACCCUAUUCCGGAUCUUGCGUCUGUUUUGUUUGUGCUGCAGGAUGUUGCCGUUGCCCCUCCUCGCAUUAAGCUUAGUGUUGCGGUUGUGGCUGAACCCAUCACACCAGCGACUCUCGCUUUCGCGUUGCAUCAGCACCGGGGCUUAGGCGUUAGUGCCCUGGCUGGGGAUUGCACCUUCACAUGGGGUGCUGGGCCUGUCCCCCCUGUAGGUCCUCCGGGUGUGCACCAUGCCGAAUGUUUCGGAAUUACCCUCAGUCAUUCCGUAGACUCAUGGGUUGGACUUACUGAUACUCAGUUUGCUCACCUGCUCAAAGCCUCAUUUUUGGCCCCAGAGCCAGUGCCUGAACCUCGCACUGGUAAGCCUGUGAGACUGUCUUUGCAAGCAGUUGUGCUUGUUGCGUCCGACAGACCAUCGGCACGCCAGUUUGACGAUGCACUGCCUACCAUUUCCAUGUUCGAACACCCGGAUUGGAGAGCGCGCAUUUUUGAUCAACCACUGCCUCAGCUCUUGCCAUUGCCAGAGGGUUUUACGAUUCCCCCUGCCACGUAUUGGGCCUUGGUUGACGACACCCCGUUAGACCCGGAUCGUCCAUCAUGGGUCAACCGUGACUCCGAAGUCUUGCAACCCUCCGUAGACCCCUGCAAAUGUGAGCUUAAGGUCAUCUCUCUUAAUGUUCUGGCACUCGACUCACUUACCCAGCAGGUUCACAUUGGUAGACAACGAGGCCAAAGAACUGCACGUCUUGACCUGUUAUGGCAUCAAGAGCAAGCGCAUAUCAUUGGACUUCAAGAAGCCAGAACUCUUCCUGGCAAACAUGUGACUGACCAUUUUCUCAUUUUCGCUUCUGGCUUUGAAGACUCUUCAGCCCCGAGAUUCGGUUGUGAGAUUUGGUUACAUCGUACUCGUCCUUUUGUGGUUCUCCCGGACGGGUCCCAUGUUUGCGCUCAGGACUUCAAGUUUGCAGUUGUUCACGCUGACCCUCGUAGAUUACUCUUACGUGCUGACCAUCCCUCUUGCUCAUUCACUGUCUCAGUUUUGCAUGUCCCUUGCCUAGGAAAGACCAAAGGUAACGGUCAUCGUCCCAUUGACGAUAUUGAGAACUGGUGGCAGGAAACUUCUCGCAUUUUUGAUGGUUGUGCGCCCACAACUUACCAUUGGGUUUGUGUCGAUGCAAAUGCACCGUUGGCUUCGCAAGCGACUCCCUGCUUUGAUCUUGCUCAUGCUGAACCUACUAAUCCACAGGGUACGUUGUUUGAGGAUUUCCUUCUGAGGCAUAGUUUGGCUGUUCCCGCCACUUUUUCACACUUGCAUUCAAGGGACUCAUGGACAUGGACCCACUCUUCCGGGGCUCGAUGCCGGCGGGACUACGUGCUUGUUCCUGUGUCACUUUUGCCUUGUGUGCAGGACUCUUUCACUGUGGCUUCCUAUGAUGGUUCGUUUUGCCAUGAAGAUCACAUUCCGACUGGAGUACAUUUCGCUGCAUAUCUGCCGUCAGCCACAUCCAAGAGGCGGUUGCUUUGGGACGAAAUGGCUUUUUUGGAUCCUAGUACUAUUGCCCAGUUUCAGGAUGCUCUGAGAACUUUACCACUGCCUACAUGGGAUGUCAAGGUGACCGACCAUUGCCACAUCUUUGAAGAUCAAGUAGUGCAGUUAGGUCAACAGUUUUUUGGUAAGAAAACCAGCAAGCGUGCACGUCCUCCGCUUACUGCAGCCACGGUUCAGUUGAUUGCUUUUAAGCGCCAUUUGCUGGACGUUGGACGAGCCUGGAAUCUUAUGACAGACUCAGAGUUCAAACAAGAACUGAAGCAAGUGGAAAAGGUUGUUCGCACCGCCGUCCAUUCGGACCUUGCCAAUUUCUAUGAUCAACUGCUUGUUCGUCUUCAGCAUGCCGAUCAAGCUGCAGAUGCGAAGCAAUUGUACCGCAUUCUUGACCGACUUGGGCGCAAGAAGGCCAAGCAAGGCGGUCCCCGCCCUUUGCCCAUGCUCAAAGGGCCCAACAGCGCAAAUUUGCAGUCUUUUCAACAACAGCAGCAGGUAUGGCUUAAGCAAUUUGCCGAAGUAGAAGCGGGAGUCCCUUUGACAUGGACUGCUCUAUAUGAUCUUUGUCGGCCAGGUAUUUCCAGAGUUGAUUUUGAGCUUGACCCUCAAGCCUUUGUCUCUCCGUGGCAACUGAUGCAGGCCAUCCGUAAACUGCGUCGGGGUAAGGCAUGUGGUCCCAACGGCAUGCCUCCGGAUUUGCUGAAAGCCGGUGGAUCCACCUUUGCCAUGCAACUCUCUUGCCUGACGAACAAGGUCAUUGCACACGUGCAUGAGCCAACCUCUUGGCGUGGGGGUAAGUUGAUCCCUUUGUAUAAGGGUAAAGGAAGCCCGCAUGAGCCAACUUCCUUUCGCUCAAUCUUUAUUUCUGAUUUUACAGCCAAGGUUUAUCAUGCCUGCCUGCGUAAACCUUUAGAGCAGAAUUGGUCGGCAGGAUUGCACUCCAUGCAAUUCGGAGGCAGAGCGGGAUGUGGUGUAGACCUGCCGCAUCAUUUUCUCCAGAUGCAUCAGUGCUGGGCGCGCCACUUAAAAAAGCCUGCAGCGAUUGUUUUCUUUGACAUGAAAGCGGCUUUUUACUCCGUUCUGCGGCAAGCCCUCACCUCCUGUGAGGACACUUCCAAUGCUUUUCAGUUUGCAAUGCACCAGCUUGGGCUCAGCGAUGCUGAGGUUGGAGACAUCCUACAGGCAGUAGCACAUGAGAAUGCGGUUGAGGGCGUGACCCAGCACGUUGAAAGACUUGUCCAUGAUACCAUGUCAGGCACUUACUUCACAGUCGAGGGCAUUGACUCGCCAGUUGCCACUCACAAAGGUACCAGACCCGGCGAUCCGAUUGGUGAUCUCCUCUUUAACCUCACGAUGAGUCAGAUUCUGGCAGAAAUGAAAGAUCUUGUCAUUCAAUCUGACGUUGCAGAGUGGUUUGGUGAUCCCUCUCAGUGCAGUGACUUUAGUAAGCCUGAUGAUCUGCCGGCUAAGGGGUUCGCAGAUGUCUCAUUUGUUGAUGACUGUGCAGUUGCGAUCCAUGCCGAGGAUUUGUCCCAACUGCAGACUAUUGCUCAGCAAGUAGUCUCUGCAAUGCAUGUGGCAGCUCGGCGCAGAGGGUUACAUCUCAACUUUGAUGCAGGAAAAACUGAGAUGCUGUGGCAUGUGCAAGGCCGUGGCUCCAAACAACUCAAGCAACAUUUGAUGGCCACUCACCAAACAAUCACAUGGACUGCUCAUGGAGUUGACUUUGCCUUAAGAGUUGUGCAGACGUAUAAACACCUUGGAACAUGGCUUCAAAGUGGGGGCUGUUUGCUCAAAGAAGUUCAGACCCGUGCUCAUGGAGCUAGGUCGUCCUGGGGUUCCCUCACCAGACAGUUCUUUGCCAAAAAGUACGUCUCCACUCCCACUAAGGUGAAAGUUUUUCGUGCCCUUGCUGUUUCCCGUCACAUGUUUAAUGUCCACACGUGGAGUACCAUUAAGCCUGCUGACCUUGACAAAUGGGCCAAUUCCAUUCGACAGCCCUUGUGUUCGUUAGCCAAGACUGCUACCAAGGGCUUUCCUCCGCGCUUGUUUGAUGUGGCUACUUUAGGAGGAUUGAUUGGUCUGGAGACACCUCAGGACCGCCUACAUGCUGCACGUUUGAGGUAUUUCUCACGGCUCAUUCGCCAGUGCCCGGCUUCCCUCUGGAGCCUCAUUUGUCACACUCGACAUCUUCCCGGCACAUGGGGCGCUCUGCUUGCAGACUCCUUCACAUGGUUUUGUACCUUUUAUGGGCCUGGCUGGAAGCUUGCACCAGAUGCGCCGCUUGACCAAUGGGUGCUUGCAGUUCAGACAGAUUUUGCAUGGAAAGGACGGAUUAAAUCUGCGCUGAGAAAGAGUUGUCGCUAUCGUCAAGCUAAGGCUGAACAUGCAGUGUGGCAAAAGGCCUUUGACCGCAGUUUCCAUGCUGACACAGGCCUUCCGGUCCACACCCUUGAAACCGAUGACCCUAGAUGGCAAUGCGACCAAUGUGAUAAGUGGUUUGCUUCAAAAAAGGCCUUAGCCACCCACUCGCAACGGGUGCAUGGUUAUCGCAGAUUGGUCCGUUUCUUUGCCUCAGGCGACACCUGUCCGGCUUGUUGUAAGCUUCAUCAUUGUCGCAUGCGUUUAUGCCAGCACCUUACCCACAGUACUGCUUGUAUGGAAAUUUUGCAGGCUUGUUUCUUGCCUAUGGCCGAUGCGGAAGUGGAGGCACUGGAUCGCUUGGAUGACAGCGUGACUGCAGAGCUCAAGAAACAGGGUUGGUGGCGCACAAAGGCUCUCCUUCCUGCCUGUCGAGCCUUUGGACCUAUGCUGCCGCCUGCCAAUAGUGACGCUGCCCGAGACCUCUAUGCGCGUUGUGUUGCUCGCUCUCAACCUGCAGGACAAGCGUUCACGCAAUUACAGGGUCGCAUGGUGGCAAGCGAUCCGGUUGCACCGGCACCACCUUCUCCCUGCCAGCAAAAUGCCAUCGGAUUUGUCUUUCAGUCCGAACAAGGUACCCUUGACGGAGCGGGGCUUUUCCUCCGAGAUGGGUUGCCUGCCUUGACUAUGAGGAUGAAUUUGAGAACGUUGGUUUUCGUACAUUUCUUCAGCGGUUUCCGCCGACGGCAUGACUUGCAUGACAUUUUGUCCCAUCAAAUCCUCCCUGAUGGAUUGCAGAUCUUCGCAUUAUCGGUGGAUAUGUGCCUUCAGAAGGCAGCUGGGGAUUUGGCUUCAGACGCGUCUUUGGCCUUCUGGCGUAACCAAGUUCUUUGUGGCCGCAUUUUCGGAGCAGGCGGUGGCCCGCCUUGUGAGACGUUUACAUCCGCAAGACUUUCUGAGGAUGGACCUCGGGCAGUUCGCUCGGCUGCGGAUUUGACUGGUUUGCCGUAUCUUUCGGCUCGUGAAUGGAGACAGGUUCUUAUUGGAACACGUUUGGUCCAGUUCAUUCUGGAUAUUUUGUUUUUGUUGGCAUGCACUGGAGGGUGUGGUUUUUGCGAACAUCCGCAGUUUCCAGUGUGGUGUGCUUCCAAAGCGCCGUGCAGCAUUUGGUCUUUCGAAGCCACCAAGAAGAUGCGACAAUUGCAAUGUGUGUCCAUUGUCUCCUUUGAUCAGUGUGUGCUUCACGCACCGAUUAAAAAACCAACCACUUUGCUUCUGGUUCGACUAUGGGAUUUCAGAGCAACUGUUUUGGCUGCAGGCAGAGCUGGCAGAUGCGCCCAUGGUCGGAACGCGCACGAGAAGUUGAUCGGCCGUGAUUCCCGGGGCCAGUUUAGAACCGCGCGUGGCAAAGUGUAUCCGCCCCAUAUGAAUUGGGCGCUUGGGCAUGCUAUCAGGUGUUACGUUGAGAGGACAUUUCCGAGCGCUGAGUCCCACUCCGUCACUGAUAUGCUGCCUGAGAUUUUCCAGCGCUAUGCAGAAGAGGAUUUUGUUGCCUGUGACCAGGUCCAACCGGACUUUCAUGGCUAA